GGUGGCUGGAUACGGACGGCAGUGCCUCGCCGGUCGCCAAAGGCUGCGCGCGUACAAUACAUUGUCUGGUUUUUUUCGCGGCGAAAAGUUUUCGAACUUCUCUCGACGGCUUCUAAAUUUGAGUGCGUUAUAUAUUUUGUUUGGAUGCCAAAACAUUCUGUUGUGUGUACUGGAUUAUGUGGUUGGAUUUUUGAGUUCUGGACAUAAUGUGGUGUUGAACUAUGAUGCCCAGUGAUGAGAAGCUACUGUUCAUUUGCAAGAGACAGACAGAUUGAGGCGAGACGUAAAAUGCGAGACUGAGCGCGAUGAUCUGGCGACGGGGGCCCUGCAAGAGCUUCGCGAUCAGCGUCGUACAGAUCAUCACUAUCAUUUGCCAAGUGCUAACGGAGGAGCCACGGUUCGCCGAACCGAUUCCCAACGUGACGGUGGCGCUAGGCCGCGAUGCCAGCCUGCCCUGCGUCGUUGAACACCUUGGCACCUACAAGGUGGCGUGGAUCCAUAUCGAUCGGCAGAUGAUCCUAACGAUCCACCGGCACGUUAUUACGCGACUGGCACGCUUUAGCGUCUCUCACGACAACGCCAUGACGUGGCUGCUGCACGUUAGCCAGGUGCAGCAGGAGGACCGCGGCUACUAUAUGUGCCAGGUCAACACCAAUCCGAUGAUUAGCCAAGUUGGAUACCUACAAGUUGUUGUACCGCCAAAUAUCCUGGAUGAAGAAAGCACACAGUCAGCAGUGGCGGUGCGGGAGAAUCAGAACAUCAGCUUGGUGUGCAAGGCCGACGGGUUCCCCGCACCUAAGAUCAUGUGGCGCAGGGAGGAUGGGCAGCCCAUCUCAGUCGACAAAAGAAAGAAAGUGACAGUAUACGAAGGCGACACAUUGAGCCUACAGCGCAUCAGCCGCACCGAGAUGGGUGCGUACCUCUGCAUCGCCACGAACGCCGUGCCGCCUUCCGUCUCCAAGCGGAUCAUCGUCGAUGUCGAAUUCUCCCCAAUGAUUUGGGUGCCGAACCAGCUUGUUGGGGCGCCAGCAGGAACCGACGUCACGGUCGACUGCCACACCGAAGCCCACCCUCGUGCCAUCUCCUAUUGGGUGUACGAUAAUGUCAUGGUGCUGCCUACCAAGAAAUACGCCGUCAAUACCGAGGAAAAUUCUUACAGAGCGCACAUGAAGUUGACCAUCAGGAACCUGCAGACCGGUGACUUCGGCAACUACCGCUGCAUAUCCAAAAACUCGUUAGGAGAGACGGAGGGCUCCAUCAGAUUGUACGAAAUCCCAAUGCCGUCGACGUCCCCCAAGGCGACGGAGAUGAAGAGCAACACCAAUAAAGAAACCGCGCGGCGCGCCAACGCCACGCGCGCGCGCGAGCGGGCCGGCGCCGGCGCCGCCGCGGGCUCGGAGCGGCCCAGCGUGGUGCGCGCGCAGCUCGACCGCGCGCCCGACCGCGACGCGGCGCAGCACGUCUUCCGCCCGCCGCACACGCACCCCGUCUCAGGCACUAGAAAUCUGCGCUGUUGGCGGCUGUCGCUCCUCGCUAUCGUUAUUAUAAUCCAAAUUGUUUGAUUCGUCAAUCGUCAAUGAUUUUAAACAAAACUAAACACGUUUAGGGUCAUGUUAAUUUUAAAAACAUUUGUUUUAUAUUAUAUUAACGAGCAAAAAAGUAUGAAAACGUAUUUUGGAUGAAUGUUAUAAUAAAAAUGUUAAUUUAUAUAACCUAAUAGAAAAUGAAACAUAUCAUCCUACUGUUACGUCAUAUCCUGAGUGAAGAUCGAUGAUAUAGUGAGAAUUUUAUAUUUGUAUACAGACGACGUUACUUUUAUCUUCCUGACGUUAACGUACGAGUAAUUUUGUACACACGGCACAUUAAAUAAUUUGAGGCGUGAUUGUGUUUACCACGAAAUAAAUUAUAAUUUUCCGAUAUAUCCCCAUUUGUCGACCUCGGUGGUGCAGAGGUUAGCACAGUGGACACUGCAUGUGGAGGUCUCGGGUUCGAUUUCCGGAAUGAUGUAUUUGGAAAAUUUGGGAACUUUCUAUAUUGGUUCUUGUUAGGAUUUCUGGGUAGUGCCCCGAAGUGACUUCAGGUGCUCUGAUACCCAUUAUAGGGAUUUUAUAGUUUGAGAGCAGAUCAAUGUUUGUUUAGGUACAAGUUGGGUAUUUUAUAAUAAAGUUUUGUAACUGUAAGUAAAAAUAUUACUAUUUUGUUUUCAAUUGGAGCGUAGGUAAUUACGUAAUUAUCGAUGCUUUAAGGAAAAGCUUUAUAUUCAUGAUUGUAACAAGAGCGAAAAAAGCAUUUUGAGAGUCGUGCCGGUUCGUAUGACGCGAAACGUCACGGGUCGGCAACGAAUCUUUCUUAGCUUUCGAUCGCGUCCAUAAUCAAAUGACGACGGCCGAUCGGCAGGUCGGAUCGACGGUCGGUCGGGCGUUGACGUCAUAAUUUGGCUUGAUACACCAAAUGUGGUAAAACAUCAUCGCCUCAAACUGAUUUCAUGUCAAUAAGUUUGAGGACUCCUUAAAUCUGAGGCUCUAGUGAAAAGGGGUAC